AUGUGUGUGUGUGUGUGUGCAGCUUUCUCUUCUUCUGGCAUCGACGAGUUUGACAAGAUGAACGACCAGGACCGCACCUCGAUCCACGAGGCCAUGGAGCAGCAGACCAUCUCUAUCUCCAAGGCGGGCAUCGUGACCACUCUGCAGGCGUGCUGCUCGGUGCUGGCCGUGGCGAACCCGACCGAGGGCCGCUACGACCCCACCCGCAGCUUCGGGCAGAACGUGAACCUGUCGGACCCCAUUCUCAGCCGCUUUGACGUUCUGUGCGUGCUGCGCGACGAGUCGGACCCAACGAAAGACGAGAUGCUGGCGGAUCACGUCGUGUGCAGCCACAUGCGAUCGCACCCAGAGGCCGACGCGACCGACAAGAGGACGCAGCCGAGGAAGCAGCAGCGGGAUCUGGCCAGCGUCGACCCUAUCGACCAGGACCUGCUUCAGAAGUACAUCGUCUACGCUCGGAAGCACGUUAAGCCAGAGGUGACUGACAUCGACAAGGACAAGCUGGCCAAGUUCUACCAGGAAAUUCGGCAGGAGGCCUUCCGCAGCGGGGGUGCUCCGAUGACAGCUAGGCAUAUCGACAGUAUCAUGCGACUCACGCAGGCAAGCGCGAAGAUGGAGCUCCGGCAGCACUGCACGAGUGCUGAUCUCGACUGGGCCUUGAGCGUGACCCUUGAGUCCUUCAUCCAGAGCCAGAAGCACCAGGUGGCUGAAGAGCUGCGCAAGAGAUUCCGCCACUACAUCGCCCACGCCACGCCCAUCUCCGACCAGAUCAUGACCCUCCUCGACGGCCUGGUCAAGGACCGCCACGCCCAGGCCAACCUCACCCGGGCGCAGGGGGAGCCGGAGAUCGAGCUGACGGACGUCGCGGUGGAGAUGGCGGACGUGGUGCGGCAGAUCGAGAAUGAUGACCUCGACAUCGAUCAGGUUCACGAGUUCAUGGCCUCUCGCCGCUUCCGCCAGAACUUCCGCGUGCAGGGGGAGAGCAUCUUCCGCGUCUGA